GUGCGAUUCACCAAGACGCAAGAUCUCUUCAACGCAAUUGAUCAUACUAGUGGGGAUUCCCUCACCGGCACAAACGUCUCCCUCAUUAAUUCCACCGAAAUCGGGCGUACCCGAGAGAAGCAAGGCCGCAAGUUCCGCUUUCGCGAUUACGAGAGCAAUUCUCGGGUCCUUAUUAUCACGAUCCCAACUUACCUUCAUGAGGAACUCUACAAACGGCUAUAUAACGAGUUUGUCGGGCAGGUUCGCGACACGGGUUUAAAGAAUAGUUGGAGAGACAUCGGCAGUGCUACACGUUUAGCACAACAAGGCUAUUCUGGACGAAGCAGUAAGGAGGGUGAUUCGACUGGUGGCCCAAAGCCUCAACGAGCUGCUAAAGGUGCCUGGCCAACACUUGUCAUCGAGGCAGGAUUCGUUUUCAGCGUUCAAGAACUGGAGGAAUACGCGUGUAGAUUAGCAGAAGUGUAG